AUGGGUUUACUCAAAGUUAUUAGGAAAACUAAAAUUAAAGAGAAGGAAAUUAGAAUUCUAAUCCUGGGCCUUGACAAUGCUGGGAAGACCACAAUUUUAAAAAAUUUAAACAAGGAGGACAUUACUAAAAUUGAGCCGACUGUAGGAUUCAAUAUUAAAUCGAUUCAAUAUCAAGACUAUAUGCUCAACUUCUGGGACAUUGGCGGCCAACGCAGCAUUAGAGCAUUUUGGCGAAACUAUUUCGAAAAUACCGAUGCGCUCAUUUGGGUGGUCGACUCAGUCGACGUCUCCAGGAUCAACAUGUCCAGGGACGAAAUUCUCAAAGUCCUCAAGGAAGAUAGAAUGUGUAAAACCACCUUGCUGAUAUUUGCUAAUAAACAGGACAUAAAGGGCGCUUUGAGUCCGAAACGCAUCUUCGAGUUGUUGAAGCUGGACGACCUGGUCAAAGAACGCAGUUUCAUGAUUUUUGGCAGCAGCGGCUUCAACGGGGAGGGCAUUGUUCAGGGAAUCAAGUGGCUGGUUCAGGACGUCGCUAACCGCAUAUACUGCUACAACUGA